AGCAAUGGAAAACGUAGACAAGUUAGAAAUGAACUCGUCGGCCGCCGAUCGGAGGUUGAGUACGCUCGCCCGUCACCUCGCCGUAACGAUCAAUAAUGAAGGUAGUAGCAUCUUUUCUUCCCCAACUUCUGCCGGAGAUUCCGCGUUCGCCAACGUAGCUCGCGCUCCGGAAGAUCCGAUUCUCGGGGUUACUGUUGCAUAUAACAAAGACCCGAGCCCUGUCAAGCUAAAUUUGGGUGUUGGUGCUUAUCGUACUGAGGAAGGAAAACCUCUUGUGUUGAAUGUUGUCAGAAAAGCAGAGCAGCUACUUGUUAAUGACAGGUCUCGUGUCAAGGAAUAUCUCCCCAUUGUUGGAUUGGCAGAUUUUAACAAAUUAAGUGCAAAACUUAUCCUCGGAGCUGACAGUCCUGCUAUCCAUGGAAACCUGGUUACAACGGUUCAGUGUUUGUCUGGUACUGGGUCAUUGCGAGUUGGAGCUGAGUUUCUGGCCAGGCACUACCGCGAACGUACUAUAUAUAUUCCCAAUCCAACAUGGGGAAACCAUACGAAAGUAUUCACUCUUGCUGGUUUGACUGUGAAAACUUACCGCUACUAUGAUCCAGUAACCCGUGGACUGAACAUCCAAGGCUUACUGGAAGACCUUGAAUCAGCUCCAACUGGAGCAAUUGUGCUUCUACAUGCCUGUGCUCAUAAUCCCACUGGUGUUGAUCCGACACUUCAACAGUGGGAGCAAAUAAGGCAAAUGAUUAGAUCAAAAAGUCUCUUACCGUUUUUUGAUAGUGCAUAUCAGGGUUUUGCAAGUGGAAGUCUGGAUGGUGAUGCUCAAUCUGUCCGCAUGUUUGUUGGUGAUGGUGGCGAAUGUUUUAUAGCUCAAAGCUAUGCAAAGAAUAUGGGUCUUUAUGGUGAAAGGGUUGGUGCAUUGAGCAUUGUUUGCAGGACUGCCGAUGUGGCAAGUCGAGUUAACAGCCAGCUGAAACUUGUGAUAAGGCCUAUGUACUCAAAUCCACCUAUUCACGGUGCUUCAAUUGUUGCUACCAUUCUCAAAGACAGAAACCUGUACCAUGAAUGGACCCUUGAAUUGAAGGCAAUGGCUGACCGUAUUAUUACCAUGCGCAAACAUCUUUUUGAUGCUUUAGGUGCUAGAGGAACACCUGGUGACUGGAGCCAUAUUAUAAAGCAAAUUGGGAUGUUUACUUUCACAGGGCUUAAUAGAAAGCAAGUCACCUUCAUGACAAAAGAAUACCACAUCUACAUGACAUCCGACGGGCGUAUCAGCAUGGCCGGUUUAAGCUCGAGGACAGUCCCUCACCUUGCAGAUGCAAUACAUGCUGCUGUAACCACUGUUGUUUAAGGAAGUUGUUAAGUCACAUAUAUUUUUUCUAGUGUCUUCAGGUUAAUCCACUAUGUGGAUCUUAAUAUGCCCAAUUACUUUUGUUGUAAUCAAAGGAUUAAUGAUCAAGUGUGUGUUGUCAAAGAGAAUAAAGGUAUGUUCUGUUCAC